AUGUCUUCGUACGGAUACAGUUGCAACAACAAUCAAAACCAUUUGGUACAGAAAGGCCGAACGACAUCGCGAGUCCUCGCGCCGCCGGGAGGUCCAACGAGUUUUUCCUUGGGAGUGGCGCCGCCUCCGGCUCCCAAAGCACCAGUGGUCAAGCCCGCCAUCGCGCCGGGUCCCGAGAAUUCCUCAACGACCUCCUCCAAUUCGCUCCCGUCCGUUACGAACAAGGCAUCGUCCGUGGAAUCGACAACGGAAUCUCCCGCUGGCGUAGUCAAGAUCCAAUCUUAUGGAAGCAGCACUGUCGCUGGACCCGUAUCGUCCAACGCCUUUGCGUCGGGAGCCAACAUGAACGGGGCCCAGGUCAUGACCGGACGUCCCACCUCACGGGUGCUCGCCCCUCCUGGAGGCAAAACGUCCUGGACUCUGGGAUAA